AUGAAGUUUCUCGCUCUUGCAGCGCUCUUCGCGAGCACAGUCAGCUCAUUUGCAGUUGAUGGCAUCAUUCCUGGCGCAAGGGUCAUCCCUGCUAACGACGUGGUAGCCCUGAAGAAGGUUGGGGCUCACCAUGACAAGCAUCCCCACCGUCGCACAGUGAUCAUUCGUCCCUCUUGCAGUGAUGAGGAUGAUGUCUCUGCCGAUUUCUUAUGGGGCAUCAAGUGGGCCAACCGCGGGGGAAGGCUGUUGCUGCAGAAGGGGAAGAAGUAUGUCAUCGGCAAGAAGCUCGAUCUGACCUUCUUGAAGGAUAUCGAGGUUCAAUUGGACGGAGAACUAAAGUUCACCAAUGAUGUUCCCUACUGGCAAGCAAACAAUUUCUAUUAUGACUUCCAGAAGUCAAUCAGCUUCUGGCGCUGGGGUGGUCAGGAUAUCAAGAUCUUUGGUUCCGGGACACUGAACGGCAACGGUCAGCGCUGGUACAAUGAGUUUGCUGGACAGGAGAUCCUGGAUCCCAACAACAAGUACUAUCGGCCCAUCCUCUUCGUGACUGAGAAUGCCACCCGAGUCUCGGUCGAAGGCAUUACGCAGCUCAACUCUCCCUGCUGGACCAACUUCUUCGUCCGCACCAAAGACAUCUCAUUCGAUAACGUUUUCAUUCAUGCCUAUUCGACGAAUGCAUCGGCGCUCCCCAAGAACACCGAUGGCUUCGACACGCUCAACGUCGAUGGAUUGACUGUCACUAACACUCGGGUCGACAUCGGUGACGACUGCCUCUCGCCAAAGCCCAACACUACCAAUGUCUUUGUGCAGAAUCUCUGGUGUAAUGGCACCCAUGGAACGUCGAUGGGGAGUAUCGGCCAGUACCCCGGAGUCCUGGAUAUCAUCGAGAAUGUUUGGAUUGAGAACGUAACCCUGCUAAACGGUGAAAACGGUGCUCGCCUCAAGGCAUGGGCUGGUCCCAAUGUUGGCUAUGGCCGCAUCAACAACGUCACUUACAAGAACAUCCACGUCGAGAACACCGACAAUCCUAUCGUCCUGGAUCAGUGCUACUUCAACAUAAACGCUACGCAGUGUGCUGCCUACCCUUCACGCGUGAAUUUCACAAACAUUGUCUUUGAGAAUAUCUAUGGAACCUCGUCUGGAAAACACGGCAAGGUCGUGGCUGAUCUGACCUGCUCGCCUAAUGCCGUGUGUUCUGGGAUCAGUCUUAAGGACAUCCACCUCACCAGUCCUGCGGGUAGCCCGCCAGUCAUUGUCUGUGAUGGAAUUCAGGGGGACAUUGGAGUUGAAUGCCAGUCGUCGACUAAUUCGACGACUAAGCGCUCGGUUGGUUUGGCCAGGAAUCUGAAAUACAAGUCAUGA